AUGACGCGCGCGCCGGGCCUCACGGCGCCCCUGCUGGGCCUGGGGCUGGGACUAGUCCUCAGCCUGUCGGGGACGGCGGCCGCCGACUGUGAGUUCCUCGGCCAAGCGGAGCGCCUGACGUUCACCCCAGUGGCCAGGACCCGCUGGCUGGCCCCUCUCGUGCGGGCGCCGGGGCCCCUGGAUCACCUCUACGGCACCGUGCGCCGCUUCCUCUCCGCGGUGCAGCUCAACCCAUUCCCUUCAGAGUUGGUAAAGACCCUGCUGAAUGACCCAUCAUCGGUAAAGGUGGACGAGGUGGUGCGGUACCAGGCAGGCUACGUGGUGUGUGCCGUGAUCGCCGGCCUCUACCUCCUGGCCGUCCCCACCACCGGGCUGUGCUUCGGGUGGUUCCGCUGCCGCCGGCGCUGCGGGGGCCGAGUGAAGACGGAGCACAAGGCCCUGGCCUGUGAGCGCGGCACCCUCAUGGCCUUCCUGCUGCUGACCACCCUCGUGCUGCUGGUCGGACUGGUCUGUGCCUUUGUCACCAACCAGCGCACGCAUGAGCACACAGGCCCCAGUGUGGAGGCCGUGCCGGAGACGCUGCGCAGCCUCCGGGGCCUGGUCUCCAAUGUGCCCCAGGAGCUGCAGGCCGUGGCACAGCAGUUCUUUCUGCCUCAGGGGCGAGUCCUGAAGGAUCUGGAUGGUGUCGGAUUGGCCAUCGGGAACGUGAUCCAUAGCCGGCUCAGCAGCACGGUGUACUUGGCCCUGGCCUCACUGCACAGCCUGGGCCAAGCCCUGCAGGUCUUCGUGGACCACCUCCGAGCCCUGAACGCCACUGUGGCGGAGCUGCAGGUGUGGCAGGAGCACCUGGAGCCGGCUGUCCGCGAGCGCCGGGAACGCCUGCUCACCCUGCUGCAGCAGCCCGGGUGCCAGGGCGACUGCUCCGGGGCCCUGAGCUGGGUCCGAGCCCUGGAGCUGAGCGCUGACUUUACUCAGGUGCAUUCCGUGGACGCUGUUGUAAGACAGCUGCAGGGCGUCCCUGAGGCCAACUUCUCCAGCAUGAUCGAGGAGGACAACAAUACCUUCAAUGCCCUCCCGCUCCUGGCUGCCACGCAGAUGGCCAGCACGAUCAGAGAACUGAAGGAGGCGGUGGCCCAGGAGCCCAAGGGGCUGAGGACCCUGGCCGAAGGGUUCCCAGGCUUAAAGGCAGCCUCCCGCUGGAGCCAGGCCCUCGAGGAGCUGGACCAGAGCAGCCGUCCAUACCUGCAGGAGGUGCAGAGAUACGAGACGUACAGGUGGCUCCUGGGCUGCGUGCUGUGCUCCACCAUCCUGCUUGUGGUGAUCUGUAACCUGCUGGGCCUCAACCUGGGCAUCUGGGGGCUGUCUGCCCGGGAGGACCCCAGCCACUCGGAAGCCAGGGGCGAGGCCGGAGCCCGCUUCCUCAUGGCCGGCGUGGGCUUCAGCUUCCUCUUCGCCGCACCCCUCAUCCUCCUGGUCUUUGCCACCUUCCUGGUGGGCGGCAAUGUGGAGACCCUGGUGUGCCGGAGCUGGGAGAGCGGAGAGCUGUUUGAGUUUGUAGACACGCCGGGGAACCUGCCCCCGUCCAUGAACUUGUCCCAUCUCCUUGGCCUGCGGAAGAACAUCAGUGUCCUCCUGGCCUAUCAGCAGUGCAAAGAAGGGGCUGCACUCUGGAAGGUUCUGCAGCUCAAUGACUCCUUCAACCUGGAGCAGCACCUGGACAUCAGCCAGUUCACCCACAAGCUGCAGUGGGAGGUGCAGAGUCUCAAAAUGGACUUGCAGAACCUGGAUCUGCUGACCCCAGCUGCCCACCGCGACCUGGAGGCCCUGAGGAGCAGUGGCAUCGAGAACAUCACCUACCGUGACUUGCUUGUGCAGAUCCAGAAGCCCGUGGUGAAGGCCGACGUGGAGCAGCUGGCCCAGCAGUUGGAGGGACUGGCCCAGGCCCAAGGCAAUCCUGUGCUGGGGCAGCAGCUGCAGGAGGAGGCCCAAGGGCUCAGAAACCUCUACCAGGAGAGGGUCAGCACCCAGCAGAACCUCAUGGCCAAGCUCAACCGCAGUAUGAGGGCCCUGGAAUCCUCUGCCCUGGAGCUCCAGCUGCAGACUACAGAAGUCCUCACCAAUGUCACUCGCCUCAAAGCAGAGCUCCCUGCUCGGGUCGACCACAUCCUGAGGAAUGUGAGUGAAUGUUUCCUGGCCCGUGAGAUGGGCUACUUCUCCCAGUACCUGGCCUGGGUGAAAGAGGAGGUGACGCAGCACAUCGCCACCUGCCAGCCCCUCUCUGCAGCCCUGGACAACAGCCAUGUGAUCCUGUGCGACAUGAUGGCUGACCCCUGGAAUGCCUUCUGGUUCUGCCUGGCCUGGUGCACCUUCUUCCUCAUCCCCAGCAUCAUCUUCGCCGUCAAGACCUCCAAAUACUUCCGUCCAAUCCGGAAACGCCUCAGCUCCACCAGCUCCGAGGAGACGCAGCUCUUCCACAUCCCCCGGGUCACCUCCCUGAAGCUGUAGGACCCCCUGGGGCAAGGUGAUUCCCAGGGCUGCCCGUGCUCCGCCGCUGACUCGCCUGGACCAGAGGACUGCGGUAGCUCGUGGCCCAGAGCCGGGCCUGACCUGCAGCCUGCCUGGCUCCCUCCUGCCUGUUCCUUCCCAUCCCUUUCUGCGCAUGACCACCUUCCUCGUCGUCACAGUCAUGCCUAACUUCUGUCAAGCCACAGAGCCGGCAGGUUCUUCCCAGGGUCUACCCCGCAUCCUCUGUGCUAUACUGUGUCCGCACCAGGAGGGGCUGUCCUCCACCUAAUGGAACCUCUUGGGAGGGAUAGAGGCCAUGUCCAAGGCUACCUAGGACAUCCCCAUCUGCCCUCUCACCCUUUCGCUCUAGGCUCCUUGCACCUUCUCCGCCAGCCUCCUCAGCCCUUUGCGGGCCAGGGAAGUCAUUUCCUCCUCUCCCCUCCCCCACCCCGAUUCCCAGAGAUUCCUCCUGCCCAACCACACUAGUCAGGUGAAGCCCCCAAGCAGGCAGGGGCACCAUGGACUGGUAGUGGGCUCCGAUGGCCCCCAAGCCUUCCACUACCCCAGGGCCUGGAUUUGUUGUCUCCAGUGGUGGGGGGGGAUGCCUGUCCGAUGGCUGAGCCUCCCCUCCUGCACCCUGAGUUAACAGACGGGGACCUGGCACCUGGGCUAUAGUGGGUGGGUGGCUCCCCCUUGGCUCCCAGGAGCUAGCCUUUUCCAUGGCCCCACCCAGACAUCCCAGGAUUUUGUACUCCCCCUUCCUUUCUGUGCACGUGGCCCGGGCUUACCCCCUCCUAUUCUUGCGUUGUCCCUGCCUGUUGGACCCCAAGUUCCAGAAAUGAGAAAAGGAAGGGGAGAGAAGAGGAAGUGGAGGGACCUCAGGUGUGUUGAAAGUUCGCGCCUCCCUAAGCCUUGGGUCUGGGUCCUUAGAACAGGCUUCCCACACUGGGGCCCUGUACACAGCAGGUGCUUAGGGAGCAUUCUUGGAGAGGAGAACCCUGAGGCCUCCUGGCUGCAGGCAUCCGGGGAUCAUUGCAGCAACCAGCACCUGGGGAGUGGGGCCUCCCUGGGAGCACACCCUGAGGAGCAGCACACCUGGGUUUGCAGCCUGGGCGGAUGCUUAUUUGCUGGGGUACCGUGAAUGUGUUGCAUAGGUUCCCAGUAGGUAUAUGGGGCAAAUAAUCCCAGCCUCUUCCUAAGGUGGUGGAAAUUCCACGUGACAAUGUGUAGAAAGCCCUCGGCAGGGCCCUGGUGCAGAAUGCUCCCUGGCUGGGAGCCGCUGUUUUGUGUCACGACAGCUCUGCGCCGGGGGUACAACUGGGAACUGGGCAGGCCCGCAGGGAGAGGCAGAUGGGACCCUGUCACAGGGAGAAAGCCCUCAAAGAUCGUGUUUAAUUGCAUUUGGUAAAUUAGCAACAAAUUUCUACUAGAAAUUAGGACAGUGCCUACACAGUAUUGUUACUACUGCAGGCACAUUCUCAAGCAAGCAACCUUGAACUUAGCCGUUAUCUCUUUUUGUCUUUUCCCUGAGUUGUUGGUUUUUAUUUUUUUUUUUACCCCAUGUUAUUCAUCUGUUGACCUGGACAGGGGAAUUAGCACCCUGUAUUUAUUUUUUAAAUGCAAUUGAUGAGAUGAAAACAAGUGAAAUAGAAAUAAUUAAAAUAUCACUCCCCGUUGCUUGCCCA